UCGUGACAGUUUCGCUUGUCCUGUUGCCUGUCGUUGUUGUCUUUCUACUCCCCUGCCCCCUGCUAAUACGACCGCAUCUAGUGAUCCCCACCAUGUCGACGGAAUUUGACGUCACGCCUGAGAGGCGGGCAUCUCUACUACAUUACUUCUAUCGGCAGUUCUUCGUUGCGGCGCCGCAGGUCUCACCGCGCGACGUGGACCUGAGCGGGAAGACGGCCAUAGUCACGGGGGCCAGCGUAGGACUGGGGCUGGAAGCGGCGCGGCAGCUGCUGGACCUGGGAUGCAAAGUCAUCAUCGCCGUGCGCGACCAGUCGCGGGGCGAGAGGGCGCGGAGGGAGAUCACCGAGGGCCGCGAUAUCUCGCCAGACAUGGCCGAGGUCUGGAAGCUGGACCUCGCAUCGUACGACUCGGUGACGCGCUUCGCCGAGCGCGCUCGCGGCCUUGAGCACCUCGACAUCGCCAUCCUCAACGCGGGGCUCUACAAGGCGGCCGAGACCUUCGGCCCGACCGGCUACGAGGAGGGCGUGCAGGUGAACUACCUGUCGAACGUGCUGCUGGCGCUGCUGCUGGCGCCGAUCAUCCGGGCGAAGAAGACGGGCGGCGCCGGGCCGGGCCACAUCGCGCUGGUGUCGUCGGACCAGGCGGCGUGGGCGCGGUUCGAGGAGCGGGGCGCGCGGCCGGUGCUCGCCGCGUUCAAGCAGCCGAUGCCGCGCUGGGACAGCGGCGAGCGCUACGGCACGACGAAGCUGCUGGCGCAGCUGUUCGUCGCGGAGCUCGCGCGGCGCGUCCCCGCCGCCGACGUCGCCGUCUCGCUGCCGAACCCGGGCUUCUGCCGCGGGUCCGACCUCGGCCGCGAGACCAGCGGCCUCUUCUGGCUCGCCUACCGCGUCCAGUGCAGCGUGCUCGCGCGCACCUGCGCCGUCGGCGCGCGCACGUUCGUCGCCGCCGCCACCACGCUGCGCGCUGCCGCCCACGGCCAGUACGUCGAGGACGGCAAGGUCCAGCCGAUGGCGCCAUUCGUCUACACCCCCGAAGGCCAGCGCGUCGCAAAGCAGCUCUACGAGGAAACCUUAGACGAGCUUGCGUUCGCGGGGGUGAGGGAUAUCAUCGACGGCCUGUCGCAAUCUAAAUAGCACAUCGAUAUUUUUCGCUUCUCUCUUCCGUACCACAUGAUAUAUCGCGACUGUCUAACCGGGAACCCGCAUGAUACGAUGAUGUCUCUCCAUUGCAGUACCGUGCUACCAGUGUUCAGGACUCCAUUUGUGCCUCUGCCGUAGCACUCAGCGUUCAGAUGUCCAUGGACCCUCGUUACACGUCGCCGUAUGAUAGAGGACGCCGUGUUGCGCGAAUUGGUAUGUGCACGUCGCUUGAUCUCACCCCUCGAAGUAGUUCCUCUCUUGGUGUAAGCGAAGGCGAUCGGAUCCACAGAGGAAUCCCCGACAUUUCCACCUGGCACCGUGACGCGUUGUAGUGCGCCAGAUUUUCUCUCCAGCCAUUCGCGGAGAGUUCGGCUGCGAUGG